CGAGUCCCGUCAGGCGGCGCGGCCCGGCCGCUCCCAGCGCGGCGGAGCGGCGGGGAGAGGCGAUGCCGGCGGCGGGCUCGGAGGGAGACGAGGGCCCGGCGGGGGAGCGGGCCGGGCCGGGAGCCCCCAAGCUGUGCGGCUACCUGCAGAAGCUGUCGGGGAAGGGCCCGCUGCGCGGCUUCCGCAGCCGCUGGUUCGUCUUCGACCCGCGUCGUUGCUACCUCUACUACUUCAAGGGGCCGCAGGAGGCGCUGCCCCUCGGGCACAUCGACAUCGCCUCCGCCUGCUUCGGCUACCACCAGCCCGAGGCCGCCGCCGCCGCCGCCGCGGGUGACGAGGCGGCCGCCUUCGAGGUGCGCGGGCCCGGCGGCGCCGUGGCCGUGCUGAAGGCUGCAACCCGUCAGGAUAUGACCUACUGGCUUCAGGAACUGCAGCAGAAGAGGUGGGAAUAUUGUAACAACCUUGAUGCAGCCAAAAGGGACAGUCGGACUUCUCCUACACCGAGUGACUUUUCCAAAGGUCUUGUUGCCAAAGACAGUCCUGAUUUGAGUAUCCUCAGCCAAAAUGCUUCAGCAGAGAGAGCUAGAAAUAUCCUAGCUGUGGAGACUUCUCCUACAGACCUAGUAGGGGAGCAAGCAGCUUCCCAGCCUGCGCCAGUCCAACCAAGUGCCAUCAAUUUCUCCCUUAAACAAUGGAGCACUGAACUCAAGAAUUCCAUGUCCUCUUUGAGAAAAGGAAAUAAUGAAAACCGCAGGAGCGUAUUUUAUACAAGUGAAGAGUGGGAGCUGCUGGAUGCAACCCCAAAAGAUCUGGAGGACUCCAUGGCCCUGGAAGAAAAGAGGAAGCACUUGGCAGAAGGAAAUAAAGGACUGACUAGUUCAGCUUUCCCAUUUGAUUUUGGCCGCAUUCCACAAAAAACGAGACGCCCUUUGAAAGACAUGAUUGGAUCAAGCAAAAACCGGAACAGCAGUGACUCUUCUCCAACCGAGUGGUAUUCUGGUAAUGGCAACAGACUGGUGACUGAGCUGCAACUGAAGUAUCAGAGCCAGCAAGAAGAGUUGGAAAAGCUGAAGAAAGAUCUUCUGAGCCAGAAGGAACUCGUGCGCCUUCUGCAGCAAACAGUGCGAUCUUCCCAAUAUGAUAAAUACUUUGCAAGCCGUCUUUGUGAAGGGGUUCCCAAAGACAAAUUAGAGCUGUUGCACCAAAAAGAUGACCAGAUUUUGGGUCUCAACAACCAGCUUGAAAAGUUGAAUUUGGAAAAAGAUAGUCUUCAACAGGAAGUAAGGAAUCUGAAAUGUAAAGUCGGAGAGCUCAAUGAGCAGCUGGGGAUGUUGAUGGAAACGAUUCAAGCUAAAGAUGAAGUGAUCAUGAAACUGUCCCGCCAGCUCAGCGAAUGUGAGGACAGUUCAUCCUCCCCAAGCGGAUCAGUAAAUUCUCCCGUGGCCACUUGUGUUAAUAAGGAACUGCAGGAACUGGACAGGCUAAAAGACAGUCUCCAGGGUUAUAAGACCCAGAAUAAAUUUUUAAAUAAGGAGAUUUUGGAACUUUCUGCUCUACGAAGAAAUGCAGAAGCAAGAGAGAGAGAAUGGCAGGCAAAGUACACUAGCUUGGAAGCCAAACUCUGUCAGAUAGAAAGUAAAUACUUGAUCUUGCUUCAAGAAGUGAAAACUCCUGUCUGCUCUGAGGAGCAGAGCCCUGCUCGUGAAGUUAUCACCCAGUUACUGGAAGAUGCCUUGAAAGCAGAAACCAGUGAACAGCCAGAACAAGCAUUUUUCAAACCACACCUGGUCAGUGAAUAUGAUAUAUAUGGUUUCCAGACGGUCCCAGAGGAUGAUGAGGAAGAGAAAUUAGUAGCAAAAUCUCGAGCUUUGGACCUGAGAUCUCUUUCUCUCAGUGAAAAUCGGGAGAUUUCCACAGGGGUAAAAUGGGAAAAUUAUCUUGCAAGUACAAUGAACAGAGAGAUGAUGCGCUGUGCAGAACUGAAGAAUCUUAUUCGAUCUGGAAUUCCACACGAGCAUCGCUCCAAGGUGUGGAAAUGGUGUGUCAAUCUCCACAUUAAAAAAUUCAAGGACAGCACUGUUCCCGAGUACUUCCAAACCUUGCUUCAAAGCGCCCUAGAAAAACAAAAUCCUGCAUCUAAACAGAUCGAGUUGGAUCUACUGAGAACUUUGCCAAACAACAAACAUUAUUCUUCUCCCACAUCCGAAGGGAUCCAGAAGCUGCGAAAUGUGCUGCUGGCCUUUUCGUGGAGAAAUCCUGAUAUCGGGUAUUGCCAGGGGCUCAACAGAUUGGUAGCAAUUGCCCUUCUGUACCUGGAACAAGAGGAUGCUUUUUGGUGUCUGGUAACAAUAGUGGAAGUCUUUAUGCCUCGCGAUUAUUAUACUAAGACACUGCUGGGAUCUCAGGUUGAUCAGCGAGUGUUCAAGGAUUUAAUGAGUGAGAAACUUCCACGUCUACAUGCUCAUUUUGAGCAGUACAAAGUUGACUAUACUCUUAUAACUUUCAACUGGUUUCUUGUGGUAUUCGUGGACAGUGUGGUUAGUGACAUCCUUUUCAAGAUAUGGGACUCAUUCCUAUACGAGGGACCAAAGGUAAUAUUCAGAUUUGCCCUGGCAUUUUUUAAGUACAAAGAAGAAGAAAUCUUAAAAUUGCAAGACUCAAUGUCCAUUUUCAAGUACCUUCGAUAUUUCACGCGUACCGUAGUUGAUGCUAGGAAGCUGACUGGCAUCGCUUUUGGAGACCUGAAUCCUUUUCCGUUGCGUCAGAUCAGGAACCGGAGGACCUAUCACCUGGAGAAAGUGCGUCUGGAGCUCAGUGAACUUGAAGCCAUCCGUGAGGAUUUCCUGCGUGAGCGAGAGACCUGCGUAGAAAAAAGAGACCUUAUUAGUGACGAUGAGGAGGAUAGUUGAAACUUCUCAACAUAAACUUUUCUUUGGGAUCCGUGACCCAAGUGAGUUAACGUCCAAAACUUGUUACUAAUCCUAUCAACCAGAAUGUAAACUAAUUGCUUUCGGAAAUAUGCAGGACAGAUUUCCAAGCCCCAGCACUUUCAGAAACGUGUUUUUUUAUGGAGGCCAAACACUUUUGUUUACGUUUAUGUUCAUGGAAUUGUAUGUAGGGCACUUACUGCAUUUCUUUGUUUAGUCAAAUAGCUGAAUUUGCUGAAACUGUUGACAGUUGUUUUCCUGCAGCACACUUUUAGUUGUCUAUAUGUGAAACAAUAGUAAGAAAAGUCUGCAUGGUGUUUACUAUGUUCAUUGCCAGGCUUCUGCAUUUGUGUGAUUGUAAUCGUGUUUUUUAUAGCACAAGAUCAAUGUGGGAAGACAUCUUAUUUUUCAGCUUCAGGUUGGCUUAAUAAAUGGCUUUUAUUUUUUUGUCCUUGGGCAAAAAAAAAGCCCAUUUUUGGUCACAACUAGAAAAGAAUGGCUUGAAGCAUGAGAAGGACUUUUACAUUCCUUUAUCUUUUACUGAAGUGACAUAAAAUGGAUCAUCCAACAGAAGACUUUAAGUACUUAAGUGUAAGAUAAGUCCUUAUUUGUCAUUGAAUGUUCGAUGUAUACUACUACAGAUAUCAAAUAUCAUGUAUGCUUUUCUGAGCAGGUGUGUUGCUGAAGAUCAAUGUUAUUACAAAAGAUUUAGUUGAACAAAUUCUGUUCAGUUUGAUUUCUAUUCUCUUUUUUCUGGUUGUUAUCUCUCAAAAAAACAAAGCCACAACCAAAACCAUUUUAGGGAAGAAGAACAGAGCUUUCUGCAGGAGUAUCUUUUAAUACUGAAUUAGCAUUUUUUUUCCUUAUUUUGAAUUUAAAUCAUUCUAUUUAGGUCUUAAAGUAGGACAGAGUCAUGAUCUUUAAAAAGAGACACAGCAUUCUUUCUGCUGGAGCAUAUGACUAACCUGUAAUAGAUGGCAUUCAAAAAACAAGUGUUAAUCAAAGAACCCUCAAGGCCACAGCACGCGCGUAACAAUUUAAGACCUUUUUCCAGCAGAAAGAUGCAAUGUUUUCUUAAUCUGCUCCGGUUUUCUGUGAGCGUUGUGUGCUCAUGUUUUCAGACAGCUCUUAGGAAGGACUUGGAGCAUGUGAAAAUGUGACUGGAGAAUUCUUUGUCAUUUCAUCGCUAGCUCUAUUCUUAAAGAGUUCUGACAGUGAGGUAGAGUUCCUGUUUAGGUGUGUGGAUUUUUCUGGUGUGUUUUGUUGUUUGUUUGUUUAAUUGGCUUUUCUCUGUGCUCCUGCAGUGCUCUUUCUUGAGCUGUUGAAUCUUAGUAAUGUUAGAUUGGCUCAGGAUAGACUGUGAUAAAACUAACGUUCAAACACUAGUCAGCAAAUUGCUCAGCUCUGGGAAGGAGUGGUUAAUUGGCAAAACAAACCAAAAACCAGUGGACAGGAGCAGUCCAGUGCAUGAAGCUUCUGCUUCAUCUCUUUCAGUUUCCUGAGAGCAGGUGGGAUUUCUCUGGCAGGUGUCCUCUUGUAAUGAUUCUAAAAAGUUUAACGUGUUUGGGGAGAAAUCUUGCAUCUGUUUCACAGCACUUUUUUUUUUUUUCCUUGUGAAUGUAUUUAUAGCCUUCUCUAAACAUAUUAUUAGUCAGUUUAUCUGGGAGGGAAAUAUUUAAUCAACAAGGUGAACGUAACUUGCAGGUUUUACUUUGACAGUUAAUGUAUGCCUCUUCCUACAUAACUUCACAUUAGCCAGCAAAUCCUUGCCAGUGAGGGCACGUGGUGGAAUCAUCUUGACUUGUAUGUCAUGUGUCUUCUAAAAUGACCCCUACCUUGUCUUGUCUAUUGUAAGGGGUAGGUUUUCUUUUUUCCUAGUUACUCUUGGUUGUUUACUUGAAUUUGUUAGGCAGGGUUUUUUCAUAUUUUUAUUGCAUGUACUGUAUUCUUUUUACUUACAGUCAGUAUUUGAAUAGAAAAACGGGACCAGCUUUUCUAAUUUUCUACUUAUACUGUUUUUGGAAAGAGCUGGUCUCUAAAUGAGUCUGUAAUGUCCAGUAUUUUUUUUCUCUUUUCAUCUUAUUUUUGUGUGUUAAAUGAAAUCUUUUCUAAGCUGAAGAUCUUCCUUCUAGUGGCAACAGUUGAAAUGCGGAGGUGAAGACUUUAGAUGUAUGUCUGCAUUAGGAACUGGUUCUAUGGCUUAAGACAUUUUCAUGCAGAAUUCAUUGAAGUCUUUGGGCUGCAAAGCUAAAACUAACUGUAGGGAACUGUUCAGGAGGUUCUGCAGAUGACAAAACGUGACCUGCAAUAUUGCAGGGCCUCUUCUUUUUUACAUUUGUGCUGAACUGUAAAUUGUAUUAUUGUGAUUCUUUAUACAAAUUGUUAAUGAGUUGUAUGGUGGAACAAAGUAGCUCUGUUUCUUAUUCCCUUAUGUGAAUCUCCUACCUGAAUAGUAGGAAAUGAUGCAAAUUAUGUUGUCCCUGGGUAUUUUGUUAGUUAUUGAAAUGAGUUGGUGUUCAUUUACUGAAGUGCCAAGCAAGUUCAUUUGGUUAAGAAUACUUAGUUAAAAUGUAAAAAAAAAAAAAUAUUGAAAGAGGCAUCUGAGCAAUGAGUGCUAGAAGUCCACGUAGAACAGAAAAGCAAUGCACAUAGCAGGAAGCUUACCUUGCUGUUACAGAUGACUUCAGGCAAAUGCUAGUUUUCUAGCGGUGCUUAAUCUGGCAGCUUUGAGCAGUAGCUACAGUUGGGGCUACACAAAAUACACAACCAGUAUUUGAACCAAAUGAACAGAGCAAAAGCACAGUGAGACCUGUCAGCCUGCAGAAGCUGAGCUGUGUAGAUAUGAAGCGUUCACAACAGGGGAGAAAUCUUCCAAAACAGUCUGAGGAUUUAACAUUCCUAGCAGCCACUUAGGAAGUGGACUUGUUAAUGCAAAUAAAGACUGUAGAGGAUGUGUUUUUGUUGGUUUUUUGUUUUUUUGUUUUUUUUUAAUUGAAGAUCAUGCACUCCUGUGCAUUGAGUUUCUUAUCCAUGAUUCCCAGUAUGUUAUGUAAACCAAACUGCUCAUUUAUAUACUGUGGAAUAUUUCUCCAUCUUUGUAUGCUUAUAUGUGACUCUCCAGUGAAACUUCUGAUUACUUGUUUAAAAAUGUUCUGUUAUCUUCUGUUAAAUAGCCAGAAUGUUGGUGCACAAUACCUCUAGCUGUUAAGACUGCACAGUAUUUCAGCUUUACUUGCAUAUGUGUCUAUCAUCAGCUGUUACCAGAUUAUUUUUUUACCAGGUAUGUAAUCAAUCGAGUAUUUGGUUGCCCUUUAGGUGUCUUUUGUGACAGAUUCUUCUCUUGCCCUCAAUCUUUGUAAACAUGGUGAGAUAUUUCAGCAGAAAGGGAAAUAUUUUUGUUCGUUACGGCAUCAAGAAUGAAUGAAUUGUCCUAAAUUUGAUAAAUUGAGUUGUAUGUUCAGUCAUACCAAGGGGAGAAAUGAGUGUUGAAUCACUCUGAUGAAACUGCAUAGCUGUUUUGGUGAACCUUUCCUGAAGUGCCAUGUUGAAAAUUACGCGGUACAAGAAAUUUGAAUCACAAAACAUGAGUGAUGUUAUUUUCAUAAAGAUUGAUGUAAAAUAAAUAAAUAGUUUACUUUGCAUUACA